UGGAAAUUGUAUUUCUUAUUUCUUAUCUAAAUUCUUAUCUAAAUGAACAGACUGUGGUGAAGUUUCAUUAUCACUAUGUAACCACAAUUUAACCAUGUUUACACAUGAAGACGUUGUGAGAUUUGUGAAUGCAGCAAAUUUACAAGGGUUUUCAGCCGAUUUCUUUGCUCGUAAACAGAAAUUUGAGAGAAAGGAAAUUUUAAAAAACUCAGAAAUAGAUGAAGAAAGGCAGUUAGCUGCAGCUAUAGAGAUUCAACGUUGUUGGAGAGGAUAUCGGACAAGAGCACUGUUGAUUUCAAUUUUACGACCCACAUCAUGCACUGGUACUUAUUUAUCUACACAUUAUACGUCUUCACCAACAUAUUCUGAACUCAGAACGUCACUCAAUUCAUCAGAGUUAUCAACAAGAAUAAAAAGCUCACUCUCCAGGGGUGUGUCAAAAGUUGAACUGAAUUACCAAAAAUACACUGAAGAAGCACUUAAUGUUGAUGGUAAAAAAGAAUCCCCAGACACUCUUCUAACCUUCACGGCUUACUGUGCUUUCACUAUUCAGACAUGGUGGAGAAGAGUGUCGUCAAAACUUUCGAAACAGAAAGUCUUGAAUCAGAAGUCACUUGGUUUUGUUAACGUGGAACAGCAGAAAAAAAAGAAAGUAUUGAAUGCCAGUGAGGCUGUUCAAAUUAUACAGAAAAUCUGGCGAAAACAUAUUGAUACUCAAGUUUUCACAUACUACAAACAGCUCAUAGACUUUCAAAACAAAGGCGAUCCUCGAUUCAUGCUUCGUUGCAUUAAUCCAAAAGAGGCAAGUUUAUUGGAUGAAGCGUCGGGUACACAUGUUAGAUUUCGCCUUGGAGGGGCAAAGUUUCCACCAAACAUAUACUACAAGAUAUUCACACAUAGUCACGUGACAGAUAUAGGUUCAUUUGCUCCUCGAUACUACACGGCUGCAUCUGCGAAAAAUAUACCUGGUAAAUUUAUACACAAUAAAGCCUUUGACGUUGAAGAAGAUAAAGACAUCGAUUGGUAUCAACGAGUUGAUAAUAAUGGUUGGAGGCCUGUUAAUGAGAGAGUUUUGAAGUUCCUUAACUCCGAUCCAGUUGCGUACGAGACUUCGAAGAAGAAAGUAUUUUACCCUCACGAUAAGCUUUUGAGAAAGCAAGAUCUGGAGAUUAAGAGAAAACGUAGAAAGAUCUCCUGGAUGAAAAAAAUGUAUGCAGCUGGAAUGCUCAAAGCGAAAGAUCGAGAAGAUACGGAAGUAAAAGAUUUAGUUGAUGCAGCUGCGCAGGGUAUAUUUACGGCAGCCGAAGAAUCGGGAGCUGAAUGCAUUGAAGACUGGGAGGUGGACGAGUUACUUCAGUGGACUGAUGGUCUAAAUUUUACCAGUUAUUUACAGGACUGGCAAUCGUCUGGCACAACUGCUAUGUAUGCAGACAUAAAAGGUGCGCUACAGAAGCCUGACCCUUUGUCAGCCAUGUUGGAAGAGAACAAAUAAAGUGUAUCGGGAUGGUAUGACGUCAGAAUGGUUGAUACUGAUAUUUUUUAGUCAUUUUUUUAAGACCUAGCAAUGUUUUAAUUUUUUGGUUGUGGUUUAAAAUGGCUGCCACAUAGCGUGUUUUAAUAACAUUAAUUUUACCGCGUCUCUAAGUCUGCCAAGGUAAUUCAGUUAAAUAAGAUUACUUAGUUUUCUCGUGUGCAAUAUGGUUAACUUUAUUGUAACUUGUUUCUUAUUUCUUUUUGUUUUUUCGUAAUCAAUUUUAACUCGACUUCUUGUGGGCAGUAUUUAUUUAAACAACAAAGUGAAUGAUCGCACGAGGUCAGUAUGAAUAUUGAUGUUUAUAUAUAUUAUAUUUUUAUGUAGCGAGUUCUAAUAUAUUAUACUUUUUAAUGUUUAUACUGGAUUUGGAAGGUUUUUUACUAAUAAUUUAAUAGAAAUAGUUAUAUAUUCUUGACUAAAAGAAAGUUUUACACUCUGUGGAUGUUUUUGAAACAAAAAAUGAACGUAGUUGUUUGCUAACUCCACCUUAUUCACAUCAGUCUUAAAUUAAAUCGUUGAUUUUUUAAUCAUUUUUUUUUUUUUUUUUUUUUCUACGGUUAAA